AUGGAUACAAACCUUUCGACGCAGACUCUCAAACAUGGAGAGAAUGGCCCGUCUACCAUGACAAUCAACUCUGUCAAGAAACUAGAAGGAUUACGACAAGCCCUAGAAGGUCUCCCCGUCAAGCCGCCUUCAAUCUAUCUAGAUGCUCAUGGAGUCGCGCAGGACGAAUUAAUCAGCCUGCAGAUAUUAGUGCCACCAACCGGCACGCUUUAUCUAGUUGACAUGAAACGUCUUGGUACCGCAGCGUUAUCCACAACGGCAGACAGCAGUGCGUCGCUCCGCUCCAUACUCGAGUCAAAGUCCAUCCCCAAGGUUGGGUUCGACAUUCGCGCCCCCUCUAAGCUCCUGUUCCGCGAUUUCAACGUUUCUCUUGAUGGCAUGUACGAUCUUUAG